AUCUAUCUUCGACGACUUGCACCAAUCAGCCUUCUGAGAGAGCAGUGCUUGAUGGCCGACACAGAAGAACCUGGCGCAGACCCGGUGAACGAGCCUCUGGACUUGGUACGUCUGUCGCUCAACGAAACAGUAUUCGUGAAGCUUCGAGGAGAUCGCGAGCUUCAAGGAAGACUCCAUGCUUACGACAGCCAUUGCAAUUUGGUGCUCGGGGAAGUGACGGAGACGAUCUAUCAAGUGGCUGAGGAAGCCGGAGGUGAAGAUGUCCGAACCCUGAAGAAGCAGUCUGAGAUGCUCUUCGUGAGAGGUGAUUCCGUGGUACUCAUAUCGCCACAGCAAUAGAGUCGCCCUAUCGGAGGCUUUACACCACCCACAUCACAGAAGCCGCAAACAGCGAACAAGGCGCAGUUCGUGGUCAUAAGUCACUUAGUGGAUGAUGUCGCUGCCGGCAAGCCACAACUUGUUUUUUAUAAAUCCGCCAUGAGCGCACCGAAAUUGCACAUCCAGCAUGCUGCGUCGUUUCACUUGAAGUUAGACCUGCACAUGAGCGAAGUGCUCCAACCAGGCUGUUUCGGCGACGUGCCUCACAACUGAUAUUCGAUAUUAGAGCGUCGAGUAACGGACUUAGCUACGCGAUAGUCCACCUCGCAACAAACGCCCAACUCAUUGCGCAUCUGCCUCUCCACUCCCGGUACUCUUGCACGGUCAAUCCACGUCCAUUAUUGCCCUUAAAGCUAGUCACACAUAGCGCUUUGACAGUCUGACUGCUUUUGCCAAGG